AUGGGAAACCAGAACUGCCACGCCGAGAUCACCUUCGAUGACAAUGUUAAAUGGCUCGCACGUUUUCGUCUUACAAGAACCUCAUCGCCACCGCGGGAAGUCCGUGAUUGGAUACUUCGAAGCGAAGCUGCCACUAUGACUUACCUCCAACGGUACACUUGCAUUCCGACGCCUAAAGUUUUCGAUUGGGCAUGCGAAUCCGAUCUAGGAAACACACUUGGAGUUGACUAUAUUUUAAUGGAAAAGCUGGAUGGAAAGUCUCUGGAUUGGCAAGCGGCGACCCCUCAGCAGAAAGAGAAGGUUAUGCAGCAGUUGGUUGACAUUUCCCUCGAGAUUGAGAGGCAUCCUUUUAAGGUAAUGGGAUCACUUAUCUCCUCGGCGGGAGAUGUCAUAAAAGUUCGAGGUCUCGCACAUCAAUCAACGUUCCGGGUAGGAAAGGGGCCACUUGGUCCAUUCUCUUCCUCGAUCGAGGGCUACCAGGCUAUCCUCGAGUCCUACCUCGCAAUGAUAGCUAGCGGCGAGAUUGACCCCUACUAUCCGGUAGACACCUACCUCGUCCAUCGUUUCCGCCAGGAUAUUAUUAGUACUCUCUUCAAAGACGUCCCACCAGGCGACAAGUUCUUUCUCAAGCACCCGGACGAUAAGGGUGACCAUAUUCUAGUCAAUGAAUGUUUUGAUAUUGUGGGAGUUAUAGACUGGGAAUGGACGCAAACUGUCUCUAGGGCGGAGGCAUUCUGUUCCCCGUGUAUGAUGUGGCCGGUGGCUGAGUUCUAUAAUGGCUUUAAUAAGCUGGCCGCGGAUGAAUUGCGGCUAGCUGAUAUCUAUCGCGAAAAGGGCCGUGAAGAUCUUGCCAUGUGUGUCGUCGAGGGUAGAAAGGCUCAAAGGUUUUUCUUCGCUCUUGGGUCUGAGAGCUCUUUUCUAGAUAGGCAGACACUUCUACAUAUCUUCGCAGGACUCCGGCGGGCCUUCAACUUUGAAGAUGAGGAGUGGGAGACAUGGAAGAGCAAAGCUCUCAAGAAAUGGAAAGGUGAUGACUUACUCCUUGGCUUGUUGGAACUAGAAUAA